CAAUACACAUAUUUCGGUUGGAUUGACGAACACAACACCUCCUCCUCCAUCGGAUGUUGACGGUUGCCUAGCAACAUCAGUGCGGUGGUCAGUGACAGUGCUACGGUGUCCCAAUGCAGAGCCCUGGAAGAGAGGGAGACGGGGAGGAGGGAGGGGAAGAAACCCUCCGUCCAGAGGGGAGAGACAGCAAGCAGCAGGAUGGAAGUGACAAAGCAGCAGAGGACUGUGGAGCGAAUGUGCCACCUGCUCAAAAGGGUGGCUCACAGGAUCAGUCAGGACCAGACCCUGAUGACCUGGCUCCUCAGUCUCACCCUGAACUCACCAGUGCUGAUGAAGACUCCCCUGCAGCCAGACAUUUCGAGCAAGAAAAUGUUGCCCAGGUUCCGUUGACACCCCUCCUGUCAAACCUGAACACACCAGAGCCCGUCGAGGAUCAGGAGCCACUGAUGGAGGAGGACGAUGAGGAGGAGGAGUUUAUCAUUCUUGAUGCUGAACACCCUCUGGUCAGAAGACAACAAGCUGCUCUGAACAGCCAGCUCAGCAAGCAACUGGAGAGGCUCAACCUGGGACUAAGGGAAAAGCUGAUGAUGGAGAAGGAAAUUGCCUGCAACAGAGAUGAGAUAUGUUCAGAGUUGUUCAACGUUCAGGAGCAGCUGGCCAGACUCCAGACCAGACUAGAGGACCGUCCUCCGACCAAGGCCAAACACCGGCAGGCACAGGAUCAGCUGGAGGCAAUGAAGAGCCACUACUCCAGUAAUACCAGCCAGGAGAGCAAAGCCAGAGCCAAUGUGUCUCAGCUACAGGCAGAGAUGGACAACCUGAUGCUGCACCUCCUCUUCACACAAGGAGUCAGUGAAGAGCUGCGCUCUAACGUCAAAUCCAUGAAGAAUGUCACACGCAAAGCAGGAGCUGAAAGGACCCAGGCUGAAGACCAGAAACUCAAGCAGGAUAUGUAUGUGGAGCGUCUAACAAAGGACAUGGAGAGAUUGACACAGCAGAUAGCCAUGUAUGAGGCCCAGACCAGUGCCCAAGCAGAGGAGACACAGGCAGCUAAAGAGGCCUUCUCUGAGGCCGAAAUGGAAAUGGAGUCUCUGGUGAUGGCGCGUAAACAGCUGCUGCAGCAGUGGAACAGCAGUCUGGUGGGUAUGAGGAGACGAGAUGAGGCCUUCAGCACGAUGCAGGAGACCAUACGCAUGGUCGAGCAUCAGGUGAUCCUACUGGAAAGAGAGAUCGAAGGCUACAAGAAAUCCACCACUGAGGAGCAGGAGCAAAAUGAGACACUGACAAUGCAGCUGAACUGGUCCCAGAUGGACGUUGCCACCUCCAAAAAGCUGAUCAGUCAGAAGCAGACCCAGCAAGAAGCUCUGCAAGCCCACUACAGCACUUGCCUCCGCACUCUGCGGGAGACAGAGCGCACCCUCGCCAGGCUCACUAAGGAAACCAGUACCCACCAGACUGAAGUGAACGAUCAGAGGAGGCAGUUGGAGAAAGAAAGUGCAGUGCGUCUGGAGUUGGAGGACAAGAUAAUGACCCACAUGCAACAGAAGCUUACUCACAACAAGGCUGCCAAGUACUCUCAACGGCUCACCAACAAGAUAGCCUCACUUAAGAAGGAGAAGAUCUCUCAGCUGUGGCAGCUGGAAGGCGAGGUAGUGGCUGUGCGCCUGGAGAGCAGCAUGGUCAGCCAGCAUCUGGACAGUUUGGCCCUCACUCAAGAGACGCUAGAUGAGGAGAUCGCUAAGUACAACAAGUUGCUCUCAUCCAACCAGGCUAAGAUUUCUUCCUUUGUUACACUCAUUGGACAGAAGCAGACCACCAUCACCACCUACAACAAAAGGAUCUAUCAAAUUGUAGCCAGCACUGGGCAUGAAGACCUCAGUCCCCUGCAAAUAAAGGCAGAUGCAUUAAUGGAUCAGCUUGAGGAGCUGGCAGCAAAAAUCAAGAGUAACCAGCAGCUCUGGAUGAAACAGCAGGGGACACUAGUAGGACUGACCCAGGAGAUACAGGCCAACAGAAAGGAUAUGCUCAAACUGCAGACAGAGUACACUGGCAUGCAGCAGAGGAGAAUCCGCUUGGAGAGUCAGAUUGAAGUAGAGCACCGUGAGGAGACGGAGCUGGAGAAGAACUCAAAGAUGAUUAAAGAAGACCUGCUGAAGCUCAACACCCUGCUGAGCAAGAACGGACAGCUCAGCCAGGCCCUGGAGCAGGAGAACGCACUGAUGGAGACAGACUUCCUUCACAGACUGAAGGAGGCAGAGCGGGAGUCCAUAGAGAUGCAGAUGAAACAGGAGAAGACCCAGGAGGAAAAAGAGAGACUCCUCAACAGUCUGGUGGAGGCCGAGCGGCAGAUCAUGUUAUGGGAAAAGAAGACCCAGCUUGUAAAAGAGACCCAAUCAGCUGUGGACUCUGGGGCGGGAGACAUCCAGAUGAUGAAGGCUGAGAUACACCGUAUGGAGGUGCGACUCAACCAGCUGAUGAAGCAGCAGGAGCGGCUGCUGAAGGAGAGUGAAGAAGCAGUGGCAAGGAGGGAGACCAUUGUGUUUCGCAAGGAGGCCAUGGUCCACAGCUCUAACAAACAGACCACAAAGGCCGAGCUGAGCCGCAUCAUCCAUGGCCUGCAGCGAAAGAUCCAGGAAACACACAAGCAUGUAAUAGGGUGUGAGCAGGUUAUCAGGGAGCUGCAGAGGAGCCAGGUGAGUCUGAGCGACAGGCUUGCACAGCAGAAGCAGCUGCUGAUAGAACUAUGCAGUACCAGCUGCAUCCUUGACCCUGACUUCGUAAAUCUCCAGGACACAAAAGAUAGGAACCUCGCCCACCUGGUGGCACUGCAGAGCAGGACCAAGAAGCUGCAGAGUGUGUGUGAGGGUAGCUACCAAGCCUCAUCCACCAGCGAGUCCGUGGGAGCCGCUCUGCAGAGCCAGAUGGAGCGUGUGCACGCUGCCAGCACCAUCUUGCACCGUGUGUGUGAGGAGUUCCCUCAUCACCAGGGGGCGCUCCGCAGGCUGUCGCAAGCGCUGGCAGCACGCACACAGGCCCUGGAGCGGGAAGCGUCCUGAGAGUGAGGGGAGGAUUUAGACAUGACAGUGAGUACAGGACAAGUGCAGAGGGAUGUAAAGUGAGUAAAAGUGUGGUGAAGAGAGGAGGGAAAGAUUAGAUAAGUGAGGUAAUUUAUUUUAAUGUAUGCAUUCUGUUAUGCUUUUAGAGGAAAUACUGAUUGUAAAACAACGUAAUAAAAUAAAGACUGUAUGAAACAAUAAUACAUAUUAUUAAAUCAUUCAUAGUA